AUGGCAGAUAAAUUUACAAGUUAUUCCCGUGCUAGCAAACGCAUAAGAGUUGUUCAUGCUCUCUCUCAAAUUGGUUCUACUAGCAAAAUUACACCUAGGUGUGCAUUCCAUAGUUGUACAGGAGAAGGUAGGACUCGACAAGCUAAAGUACCGCGGAUAAGGCAUCCCAUAACAAACCGUGAAAAAGUCCCUGCUGCAGUAAUUGGGCAACCAUUACCACUAGAACCAUUCAAAUUGCCUCAACCUCAGUACUGCCCAAAAUGUAGUGCUAAAAAAUUUGCAUAUGAAUCGUUGCAUUUCUGUUGUGGUGAUGGAGAAAUUGAUUUGGUUUCUAAUGAAUAUCCCCCCGAACUUGUAAGGCUUUUCACUUCUAUGGAAGAAGAUGCCUUACAUUUCAGGAAAUAUGCGCGCAUAUAUAAUAACAUGUUUGCUUUUAGCUCACUUGGGGGCAACUACGGUGCAGAAACACAAAAAGGAAUAUAUGUCUUUAAAUUACAUGGACAAUUGUAUCACUUUGUACCUAAUUUACUGCCUAAUGAUGAAAAUCCUAAAUAUUUACAAUUAUAUUUUUAUGAUGCCCAACAUGAAGCUGAAUAUCGUGCUGGCUGUUUCCCAGAAUUAAGACAAGAUAUAAUAGAUAUACUCAUUAAUAUCACCCAAAAAAACCCUUAUGCCCACUUUUUCCGAUCUUUGAAAGGAAUCCAAAUUAACGAAGACACUAAAAUACUUAUAAACAAAAAUACUGUGCUUGACCAGCGAACUUAUAAUGCCCCUACAUCUGAUGAAGUGGCUGCCAUAUGGUUAGAGAGCACUUCCUCAAGCCAGUCUAACGGUCCAUAUAUAGUUGUAUCUGGAAGAUCUAAUACCUCGCAUAGGAUCAUGCACUAUUAUGGGUGCUAUGAUCCGCUCCAAUAUCCCCUUUUGUUCCCAUGUGGGGAUUGUGGGUGGAGCCAAGGACUCAAAAGAAUGUCACAUGGAGGUCGGACCCAAAUAGCUACGCAACAAGACCCCGUUGCCUCUUGUGCUGUGCACACUGCUGACGCCUUGCUAAUGGAAGAAGCUUCACGUGCGUCUCAAGGCCGAUCUAGGCUUCAAAAGCAAAUUUCAUGCAGAGAAUAUUAUGCGUAUAAGCUCCAACAUCGACCUAAUAACAUGCUUCUAAGGGCUGGAAGAUGCCUGCAGCAGUAUAUUGUAGACAUGUAUGUGAAAAUUGAAAACACGCGAUUGGAUUUUUUCCGCUACAAUCAAGAAACCAUCAGAGCAGAUCUAUACCAAGGCAUACUUGAUACACUGCAAAGCGGAGAAAACAGUGCAGCUAAUGUUGGCCACAGAGUUAUAUUGCCACCUUCGUUCCUCGGAGGACCUAGAGACAUGAAGAAGAGAUAUUUAAAUGCAAUGUCUUUGGUGCAGCGCUAUGGAAAGCCUGAUUUGUUCAUCACAAUGACAUGCAAUGUAAAUUGGCCAGAGAUCAAAAAUGAGUUGGCUGCUGGAGAAGAAGCUCAUAAUCGCCCAGAUUUGGUUGCAAGGAUUUUUCGUGCCAAGCUGCUAGCAUUGAAGAAACAUAUUAUGGAAAAACAAGUGUUUGGAGAUGUUGCUGCAAUUGUUUAUGUUGUUGAAUUUCAAAAACGAGGUCUGCCACAUGCCCACAUGCUCAUCAUUUUGAAGCCCGCCUUCAAGAUUAAAUGUCCAGCAGAUUUUGAUAGAUUCAUUUGUGCUGAAAUCCCACCACAAGAUAAUCCUCGCCUUAGGAAAAGUAUUCUGAAGCACAUGAUGCAUGGCCCGUGUGGCCACCUGAAUCCCGAGUGUCCAUGUAUGAAGCAUCUAACGAGCAAGGGAUCUUGCAAAUAUGGAUAUCCAAAACAUUUUCGCAGUGAGACGACAAACAAUGGUGAUGGUUAUCCGAUGUACAGGAGACGGGAUACUGGUGACAGCGCUUCUAUACGCAAAGCAACAUUGGAUAACAGAUGGGUAAUACCAUAUAACCCUUAUCUUUCAGCCUUGUUUGAUUGUCAUUUAAAUGUAGAAGUAUGCUCGACAAUUGAAGCAGUGAAGUACUUAUAUAAGUACGUUUACAAGGGGCAUGACAAGAUCUCGUUCAAUGUUGAGCGGAAAGGUGGGGUUGACACUAUCGAUGAGAUAGAGCAUUACCAGUCAGGGAGAUGGGUUUCUGCGUGUGAAGCUUCAUGGCGCAUUUUUGGAUUCGACCUUUUUGAAAUGCACCCACCUGUCAUGCCCCUCCCAGUGCAUUUACCUAAUAUGCAAACAGUCCAAGUAAGGCCUCAUGAACAACUUGAUAGCAUUGUUUUGAAUGACAAACGCUCUCGAACUCCCCUCACAGCUUUUUUUAAAGCCAAUGCCACAAUUGAAGGUGCACAAAAUUAUUUAUAUGGCGAAUUCACAGAGUACUAUAGGUGGGAUCUUUCUUCGAAGGAAUGGGCUAAGAGGAAAAAUAAGGUGAUUGUCAUUGGUAGGCUCACAUUUGUAGGUCCAACAGAAGGAGAAAGAUAUUUUUUGAGAUUGUUGCUUCUAAAUGUACGAGGGCCACGGUCAUUUGAAGACCUUUUAACAGUUGAUGGGUAUAGAUGUGCAUCUUUUCAAGAAGCAGCUAUUAAGCUCAGGUUGCUAGAAGAAGAUGAUGCAAUUGAUAAGUGCUUAGCUGAGGCAUGUGAAGUGCAAAUGCCUCCUGCUGUCCGUCGCCUUUUCUCAACUGUCCUGAUUUUUUGCCAACCAAGUGACCCAAAUGCAUUGUGGUUAAAAUACUAUGCCGCCCUCUCAGAAGAUUUUAGCCACAAAUUUCCUAAUUUCCCAGAGAAGGUUAGGCAUCUUACUGCUAGACCAGUUGAGCAAUAUUUGGAAGCCAUGGGUAAGUCACUUAAAGCAUUUGGGUUGGAACACUUACAAGGUCAAGAAGAUGAUGAGUUGCGGAGGACAAAGGAUAUUGUCGAUGCACUGGAUGCACCAAUACCGCAAGAUUGCAUUGAUUGUCGUUUGAAACUCAACUUAGCACAACAAAAAGCAUUUGAUGUAAUAAUCCACCAUGUUAAACAGCAAAAACCUGGUGCAUUCUUCAUAGAUGGCCCUGGUGGAACAGGCAAAACAUUCUUAUACAAUGCGCUCUACGCUAAAGUUCGCUUAAUGAAUCAGAUAGUCCUCCCUACUGCCACUUCAGGUAUCGCUGCAUCUAACAUACCCUCUGGAAGAACUGCACAUUCUCGGUUCAAAAUACCCAUUGAUUCAGAUGCUUCACUAGCCUGUGAUGUUCCUAAACAGGGUAGCCUAGCUGCAUUGAUACGGGCAGCAAGUUUGAUAAUUUGGGACGAAGCUUCAAUGGCAAGGAAGGAAAAUGUCGAGUCACUGGAUAUGCUUCUCCGAGACCUUUGUGAUGCAACUCUGCCUUUUGGAGGUAAGAUCAUUGUUUUUGGGGGAGAUUUUCGACAAGUAUUGCCCGUUGUGCCCAGGAAAUCACAAAGAGAAGCUGUUAAUGCUAGCUUAGUGAGUUCAGUGCUUUGGCCUAAACUUAUCAAAUUUAGGCUCACAGAGAACAUUCGAGCUAGAGAAGACCCUACAUUUUCAUCUUUCCUCCUUUCACUAGGGAAUGGAGAACUGCAAACAGAAGAAAAUGGAUUCGUUCUGCUGCCAUCUGAAAUUGUUAGCAACCCCAGGGAAAAUGAAGAUCCUAUAAAUGAGAUAACCUCAGUGGCAUUCCCUGAACUUGAUAUGAACAAAUUCACAACUGAUAUAUUCACAACAAGGGCAAUAUUAACUCCCCUAAAUGAUGAUGCCGAUUCAAUUAAUUCAGUCCUUAUGGAGAAGUUCCCUGUACAAGCUGUCAUUUAUAAGAGCUUUGAUACAAUUCUUGAUGAUAACUGUGCAAUAUAUCCUACUGAAUUUAUAAACAAGCUUUGUCCUGGUGGAAUGAGCCCACAUGAACUUGUGCUGAAGGAAAAUUGCCCAGUCAUAUUACUCCAUAAUAUCUUGCCUUCUGCUGGGUUAUGCAAUGGAACACGUCUUAUAUGCAAACGUUUCUUCCCCAACAUAAUUGAAUGUGUUAUAACAACCAGCCACCACAAAGGAGAACACGUCCUUAUACCACGGAUUAAAUUGCGGCCAGCCGCCUCAGCAAAUUAUCCAUUCCAAUUUCAAAGGAAACAAUUUCCUAUCAAACUCAGCUUUGCAAUGACAAUUAACAAGUCCCAGGGGCAAACACUAUCACAAGUUGUCGUCUAUCUCCCUCGACCAUGUUUUUCCCAUGGCCAACUAUAUGUUGCACUGUCACGUGCUAGGCGAGCGGCCAACGUUAAGGUCAUAUCAAAAACUGAUCCACUACAUCGCUCUCAGACCUAUGUAAAAAACAUGAUAUCCUAUGACAGUCUCAAAAUGGCUGGCAUUAUAUGA